AUGGACGACACGGAAGCCGCCAAGAACACGGCCACCACCGGCCCCACUUUUGCCUCUCCUCUCUUCUCCUUCUCCAACCCCGGCGGUGCUUCCUUCGGCUCCGGCUUCGGCGCUCCUCCGCCUCCCCCGCCGCCGGCCGUUGAGGUCCAGCUCUGCGAGGAAUCGCCCGUUGCGGCAGCUAGGCUGGAGCCGGUCGUGGUCGAUGACUCCUUGACGAUCUACAAGGGGAGAGUGAGUACAUCUGAUGUGUUUGGUGUCAAAGACUCUGAUUUGGUCCCAGGAAAAUAUGAAGGUGGGUUGAAGCUGUGGGAAGGUUCAUUAGACUUGGUGAAGGCCCUGAAUUCUGAUAUCAAAGAAGAUAAACUGGGUCUAGAAGGCAAACAUGUAUUAGAGCUUGGAUGUGGACAUGGCCUCCCUGGCAUUUUUGCAGGUCUCAAGGGUGCUGACCUGAUUCAUUUCCAAGAUUUCAAUGCCGAGGUGCUUAGGUGCUUGACUAUACCAAAUGUAAAAGUCAAUCUUUUCAAGGACUCAUCUGAAGGAACAUGUACAUCUCGGAUUUUUGGUUUCUUUGCUGGUGAUUGGAGUGAAAUGGAUAAGCUACUACUUUGCGGGGAUGCUGAGCAAGACAAAAUAGCCAGUGGUGAUACAGAAGGUAAAAUGUGUAAUGGUUAUGAUAUCAUCCUGAUGGCUGAGACUGUCUACGCGCUAUCUUCUCUUCCAAAUCUCUACAGGCUUAUCAAGAAGUGCUUGCGCUACCCUGGGGGUGUGGUUUACAUGGCAGGGAAGAAGCAUUACUUUGGGGUAGGUGGUGGCACAAGGCAGUUUCUGCGCUUGGUUGAAAAAGAUGGCGCCAUGCAACCUGAGCGGCUCAAUGAUGUUGCUGAUGGAUCAUCCAAUGUUAGGGAGGACACCGGCGUGGGUGGCGGCAGCCGGACAGCAAGGUUUCUCCAGUACCAGAGGCUGGAGUGCUGGGACGAUGGGGCCGCUGCUCCCAGUCCCAGGUCCCGGUGGCGGUGGCUGCCGGCACUGAAUGGUAAGACGGCUUCCCCCUGUUUGUUCAGUGUCAAGAGGCUGAAGUGGAGCAAGAUCACCUCGGUUCUGAUCCCAAGGAAGGUUGCUGAGUUAUCUGCAAAGAUCCGUCACGCCAGCGCCAGGACGGAGGCCGACGUGUGCCCGACCGUCGUCUUCAUGUCACCAUGGGGGCUCCCUGUGCUCUCCCGGCCGCUCUUGGUUGGCCACAAGAGCAGGUAUCACCAUGGAAAGGACACCUUCUGA